AUGGGUUCGACGCUUGAAAUCGACAAGUUUCUCGAGCCACUGGCUAUCGAUGUCCAGAAACUCUCUGGGCUCGCUCGCGAGAUGGCCUCGACCUUUGGCAAGCUCUCAGCCGAGUCGUCGGACAUGUUCCUGCCCACCCCAAUCUCUGAAUCGAUCUUAUCCCCCGAGGUGAGCGCUGGCCAGGACGGCAGUGAUAGCGGUCGUGGCGGAACCAACCUCCGUGUUGGGUUCAUCGAGCUUCAGCACAAUUUGGUUGUGGAUGACGCUGGCGUGCCCAGCACCUCCCGCAAGUUGAACCGCCUUCUCGAGCACUCCUGGCCCAUCGGUGAAAGUCUCAAGAACGAGAAUUCGGAGAGUUUGUUCUCAUGGAUUGGCGACCGCAUUGCACAUGUUGUCCGCAAGGGCUGCGAUGCCUUCAGUCUUUCUCCUGACCAGGACCUUCCCCUGGGUGUCACGUUCAGUUUCCCCAUGCACCAGACCUCACUGUCCGAGGCCAAACUGAUGGCGAUGGGAAAGGGUUUUGCCAUCACGUCUAACCUGGAUCUCGGUGGCCACCUGACCACUGGUUAUGAGAAGCACAAGACUGCUGACAUGCCGAACAUCAAGAUUGCUGCGAUUGCGAACGAUUCCGUGUCAACUCUUGUCUCUUUCAUCUGCCAGUUUCCCGCCAAAGCCCAUCAGAAAGCGGCCAUGGGCGUCAUUGUCGGCACGGGCUGCAACGCCACCAUUCCCCUGAAGCUUUCUACCCUGCAUGAGAGCAAGCGCCCGGCUUCCAUCAACGUCUUGCCCGGUCAAGAUGUGGCUACAGCCAAAAUUGCUGUCAACACCGAGUGGAGCAUCAACGGCUCUGCGCCUCCUCUCCGCAAGUUUGGUCUGAUCAACAAGUGGGACGAGGAGCUUGACAGGGCCGGAGAGAUUCCCGGCUUCCAGCCUCUUGAGUACAUGACUGCCGGACGCUACCUGGGCGAGCUGGGCAGAAUCAUGUUUCUUGACUACUGCAUCAAUGUCCUCAAGCUGGCUGUCUCUACGCUGCCAAGCAAGCUUCGUAAGAGGUUUGGCCUCACCACCACUUUCUUGAGCCACUAUUACCACAACAGCCCCAACGGUAGCAUGGCCGACCAGCUGAGCAACGAGUUCCCGGCCGAGCAUCCCGAGUUUGAGUGGACCAAGACGCUCGAGGCCGUCCUGCACAAGAUUGCCGUGGCGAUUCAGAAGAGAGCUGCCGGCAUCAUUGCUGCUUCGACAAUUGGUUUGCUGAUGUGUGCCGAGGAGAUCCCGGAGCCUGGUGCUAUUGGGAAGAAGGACAUCACUGAGUUGGUGGUUGGAUACACUGGUGGGUGCAUUCAGCACUUCCAAGACUACUUGGCCGACACACAGGCCUAUCUGGAUAAGAUUUUGGCGUUGGAGUUUGAUGGGAAAGCCCCUAUUCGUGUGGUCUUGCAUCCCUGCCACGAUGGCGGUAUCACCGGCGCCGGCGUUUUGGUGCCUGCUGCUUUGGCCAGCAUGCGUACCUGA